AAGAAAUCAAAGAAUAAUAGUGGAUCUAAGAGUAUUUUCACUGUGAAACAUGAAGACUAUAUUAAGAAUUUGAUAGAUGAUGAUUCUCAGCUCUUUGCUGAUGACAUUAUAGAAAAAUUGACUAAACAAUUUCAGGCCUUUUCUAUAUCAAAGUCGCAGCUUAAUCAUCAUUUAAGAAAUAUUAUGCAGAUUACUGUCAAAAAGCCUCAUUUUGAAGCCGAAGUUAGGAACUCUAUUGACAAUUUAGAGACAAGAUACGAAUGGUUUAUGAAAUGGAAGGAUAAAGAUCUGGAAUAUACAGAAAAU